ACACACUUCCGGCCUUUGUGACUCAUUGUGUCUGUGUCGAGGCGUCGGGAGGGCCUAGGUCCGUGCGCGGCGCCCUUCGGCCGGCCUGAGCCCCAGAGUCAGCUCCCCUUGCUCGCCCAGCGCCCCCAGGCCGUUCCCGGGGCUCACGGAAUAGUACAGAAACAGAUAUCAGAAAACAUCUCCCAGGACAGAAAGGAGAGCACAGACCCUGUUUGGAUCAAGUCAGGUCCCUGAGCCUGAAUGAUGACUGCUGAGUCAAGGGAAGCCACCGGUCUGUCCCCCCACGCUGCCCAGGAGAAGGACGGCAUCGUGAUAGUGAAGGUCGAAGAGGAAGAUGAGGAAGAGCACAUGUGGGGGCAGGAUGCCAGUCUGCAGGAGUCUCCUCCUCCCGACCCAGAGAUCUUCCGCCAGCGGUUCAGGCACUUCUGUUACCAGAACACUUUUGGGCCUCGAGAGGCCCUGAGUCGACUGAAGGAACUUUGUCACCAGUGGCUGCGACCAGAGAUAAACACCAAGGAGCAGAUCGUGGAGCUGCUGGUGCUGGAGCAGUUCCUUUCCAUUCUGCCCAAGGAGCUCCAGGUCUGGCUGCAGGAAUACCGUCCCGAUAGUGGGGAGGAGGCUGUGACCCUUCUGGAAGAUCUGGAGCUGGAUUUAUCAGGACAGCAGGUCCCAGGUCAAGUUCAUGGACCUGAGAUGCUCGCAAGGGGGAUGGUGCCUCUGGAUCCAGUACAGGAGUCCUCGAGCUUUGACCUUCCUCAUGAGGCCACCCAGUCCCAUUUCAAGCAUUCAUCUCGGAAACCCCGCCUCUUACAACCACGGGCUCUCCCUGCCACCCACGUUCCUGCCCCUCAUCACGAGGGGGGUCCCAGAGACCAGGCGAUGGCAUCUGCACUGUUCUCGGCAGAUUCCCAGGCAAUGGUGAAGAUCGAGGACAUGGCCGUGUCCCUCAUCCUGGAGGAAUGGGGAUGUCAGAACCUGGCUCGGAGGAAUCUGAAUAGGGACACCAGGCAGGAGAAUUAUGGGAACGUGAUUUCCCAGGGUUGUGAAAACAGGAAUGAGAAUGAGUCCACCUCAAAGGCUGAAAUUGCAGAAGACUCAGCAUCACAUGGGGAGACCACAGGAAAAUUCCAGAAAGAUUUCGGAGAAAAACGUGAACAGCAGGGCAGAGUAGUAGAAAGGCAGCAGAGAAACCCUGAGGAGAAAACUGGAAAAGAAAAGAGAGAUCCGGGGCCAGCUACAGUCAAGGAAAAAAAAAACCCCACAGGAGAGCGAGGUCCAAGGGAAAAGGGUAAAGGACUGGGGAGAAGCUUCAGUCUGAGCUCAAACUUCAACACCCCUGAAGAAGUUCCGACAGGAGUGAAGUCCCACAGAUGUGAUGAAUGUGGUAAAUGCUUCACAAGGAGUUCAAGCCUUAUUCGCCAUAAGAUAAUCCACACCGGAGAAAAGCCCUAUGAAUGUAGUGAGUGUGGGAAAGCCUUCAGUCUUAACUCAAACCUUGUCCUGCAUCAGCGAAUCCACACAGGAGAGAAGCCUCAUGAAUGUAAUGAGUGUGGCAAAGCCUUCAGUCACAGUUCAAAUCUCAUUCUGCAUCAGCGGAUCCACUCUGGGGAGAAACCCUACGAAUGUAACGAGUGUGGGAAGGCCUUCAGCCAGAGCUCAGACCUCACUAAGCAUCAGCGAAUCCACACGGGGGAAAAGCCCUAUGAAUGUAGUGAAUGUGGAAAGGCUUUCAACCGAAACUCAUACCUUAUUUUGCAUCGGAGAAUUCACACCCGAGAAAAGCCCUAUAAGUGCACGAAGUGCGGCAAGGCCUUCACCCGGAGCUCGACCCUCACUCUGCAUCACAGAAUCCACACCAGAGAGCGAGCCUCCGAGUAUAGCCCCGCCUCCCUCGAUGCUUUCGGAGCAUUCCUGAAAAGCUGUGUGUAAAGCGAGAAUUUGUCAACAAGCCAUUUCCCCUUUUCGUUUCUAAAAUUAUUUCAGAGAUGUGUGCCCAUGGAGGGGGAAAAAAACAGCCUCAACAGGUUAAAAAAAAAAAUCACACUUACGGAUCCUUACAGUUACAUCAGCAGUGUUCUGCCUUUGCUUAGUCUGUGGGCGUAUAAUUCUUCCACAGCCCCUGCAGGGAAAUGCUAGUCAUAGGGAUGGAUAAUCCACAUGCUGUUUCCACACAGGAUAGAAGCACACACACAGGAAAAUGUCAAGCUUUCAGUAAUGAGGAGACCUUUAAGGCGCUCUUGAACUCUUCGCAACCACAGUACAUAAUUGAAAGACUAAGAUCGGCUCUGUGAAAAUGACACUGAGGUUCAAAACCUGCUUGCCUCAAACGCCCUACUGGGCCAACGUCUUGCUGAACCUUAUUUCUCAAAAAAGAGGGACAGUUUGAACAAAAACUACAUCGGCACAUGCUGCUCAAACUAGUUAUAUAUAUACGGUAAGUUCUGUACAGUCACUGGUAGCCUACCAAAGCUAUAGAAAUCUAGGACUGCGCUGUCAGUAUCAAACCAAAGAUUUCUAUCUCUUCCUGAAAGAGAGGGCAUGCGCACCAGUCUACAGUUCCAAAGGACGGCCGCAGAUGUAGAUGGUUCCCUCCUCAUGACUGAGAUAAAUCCUACUGAAAUGGCAACCGUGAUUCAAAACACUUCUCUCCCUUCGCAAAAUCCCCAAAUUCCCUGAAGCACUAUCGCACUCCUAACUGUGUUUCUCCACAGGUUAGCACUUGAUUGCAUACUGUCUUUGAAUCUUUCGUUGUUCCGUGUGGGAAAGUUUUCAUCACUCCCCAAAAGAGAUGCUUCUCUCAUCGGGGGAUAUAUUUAUAUCCCCGACAGCCCUGGACACAGUGCUGACCACAUGAGAAGUGCUCAUUAGACCUGACUUCUAGCAGGAUUUGUACAUUCACGACAAGGCCUGUGAGUCACGAGUACCUGAAAUACGGUAGCCUGGCCCAGCUUGUGAGCCCGAGGCGUGGCUAAAGCUCUAGGGUCGCAUGCUAUUUUUGUCCUAAAUAUAAACGAAGGGUGCUGGUCAGCCACCAGCAUAGACUAUCUAGACACGGAUCAGAGAGUAAAUACCAUGAAAUGUCAGAAACGACUUUGUUGUCAUCCAUCAUCUUAAAGAACAAUGUGAUCACUUACUAAGGCAAAGAUGGCAAAGAUCUUAACCAGAAUUUCUUCAGUCAGCUCCUGAACAACGUGAUGAUUUGGGCACUUUGUGAAUCAUUUGUAACUUUAAAGUUCAAAAGAUGUGAUUUCUGUUGCUUUUCAGAAAAAGGAACAUUGGAGGGAGCAUUUUUUUUCCCCACACCUUCCAGAAACUUUGAAAAGACAUUUGAGACCGUUAGCUGGCAAUUACUAAACGUGUCUGUUGCUCUGAGAAGCUCACCAACGUGCUAAGAUGUGGUUGGUCGUAUUGUAGUCAUACCGCACAAUGUCUUUUCUGUUUCUCAUCACUAGAGACUGAGGUGAGGUUAUGAAACUUUGAUCUUUCCCAUCAUCUGUGCAGGAGGAUGCAUUAGCUUCUGCGUAGAAGCCAGCGACAGGCCAUUUUCAGAUGCACACACAAGAGACCCAAGCAGCGUGGGUCACAUAGGAAGCCAUCAGGGCCUUGGGUAGAGGUAACUGCUCGUGAGAGCACGUGAAUGACUGUGGACAGCCCUGCAGGGACUUAGAAACAGACUAAGAACACACCUGAAGACUAGCCCCAUAAUGGGAGACCCCUCACAUAGAGUUUGAGAUUUUCCGUCAAGAACUAAAACUGUCACUUGUCACUGGUUUGCUAGCCAACAACCCAAGCCUAUGAGACAGUGCCACUUCACGGGGAACCAUGGAGGUGGGGGCAGCUGUGGCCUCAGCUCCGGGCCAAACAGCACUUUUUCUCUGGCCUCUCUCUAUAACUUGGACCAACUCCAGCUUCCCGGUAGCUCCUAAGCAGUUGCAUCUGUGUUGCCUGGGGGAACUUUAAGGAAGUCAGCUGGUGACCAGAGUAUUCUAUCCAUCCAACUUAAGGAAAACAGGAAAGAUACUCCAGAAGAGUACACCUAAGUAACUUUUUAUAGUAAGGGAAGGUAGAAGAAAUGCUUUUAGGAAUUUUCUUCAAAGAGUGAGACAUAGUGGUGGUCACAUAGAAAACUGCUGAUGCUUUUGAGCAAAGACUUUUGCUGCCAGGAAGCAACUGAAAGCAGUGAGGUGCUUAACUCCAGACACCGAUCGAAGCACCGACUGUUGUGAAGAGGGAAAGAACACUGGUCAGGUCCACCCACAUUGGCUUUCUUAUGCGGACAUGAUUCAGCCAUCAUUUCUUUUUAAUGGAAGUUAACUAUAGCCUGUGCCCCGCACUUAAUUCCCAUUUCCUGGGACAUCGUACUGACUGUGUGGGAUGGCCACGGGCGUUGCUCCAGAUCUUCAGCAGAUGGACUCCUUGAAGCAGCUAUUUGAAGACAAGUUUUCUGAAGAAGACAGGCUACCACUGUUUAUAAAACCAUCUGCAUUGCAUUCAUUUAUCAGCUCUUCAGCGCAAAGUGUAAUAGAGUCAUGGCCCAAAAGGCUUACGACAUCUAAAGUAGUGCUCAGGAUAGUCAUCUGAAAGUUCUCGACUGGCUGAAGUAUGUUAACAGGUUCAGUACUCUUGUUCACUGUUAGCAUGCUAGUUGACCCAGUGGAAGUUUUUGAGGGGUUUUUAAAAAUAUACCUUAACCUUGCCAGGAAGAGAAGUAUAAGUCUUCAAGUUCUGGGGCAUUUGUUUCUACUUCAUCCUGGCAGGCAAGGCUAAAGCCUAAGACUACAGAUGUAUGAGGCCUCUUGAUAUGGAAGGCACUUAGUAUUUUAUUAAAGGCAUAAAAGUGAAACUGUGCUAAAUAUGUACAGAGAGGUUGACACGUUUGAUACCUAAGACAAUUCACAUCUUACCUGGCAUCAGAGAAGUCAUCCCAGGAAGGAACCUCUUGAAUGUGAUAAAUAUGGCAAAGCCUUUAAUCACAUCUCAGCCCUUAGCAUCAGAAAACUCACACUGUAAAUAAACAUUAUUAAUAUUAUAUGUGAGGAAAACUUUAAUGUGUAGCACUCACUGCUUUGGACAGAAAAUGAAUUCCGUCAGUAUGUCCCAAUCAUGUAUUGAAUUUCAGAAACACUGCAGAGGAAGCUCGAUCUUAACUCCAGAGGAUCCACAGAAGGAAAAAAAAAAAAAAAAAUGUGG